GAGUGGAUUAGAUUGUUAAUGGUUGGGCAAAAUGCAUCCACAAUAAUGAAAUGACUCAUCAAGAAAAUCAAGAAAGAAUGGACACAAAAAUCCAACUGAAAAAAUUCCCAAUUGUCACAGGACAACUUCAAUGGGAUCACCAACUGCCUCAACCCAUUUGUUCUCUUCAAAACCUUCCUCUUUUGUCAUCCCAAAUUCAUUUGGAUCUUUCCUCAAACCCUCAAAACUUCCUCUCACAACCCAUCUCCAUCUUAAGCUCACUGACACAAAUACCAAUCACCUAAGGCUCUCCACAGCAAAGGUCAGAGCUACCCUUGGUGAGACAGACCAAGAAACCAGUAGUCGUCUUCUUGUUCAGGAAGAAGAAGAAGAAGAAGAACAACAACAACAACAGCAACCCAACAAGGAAGUAGAGGAGUGUGUGAAAUUGCUCAAAAAUGCUGCUAAAACAAGACGGGUUGCACCGGAGGAGGUUCUGUCUGCUCUCUCUGUGAUGGAGAAGGCAAAACUCAAUCGCUCGGGGUUUCUUCAGACUCUUGGCGGGUCUAAAUCACCUGGGAGAACCUGGAUGCUUAUUUUCACUGCAGAGAAUAGUUUAAAGAGUGGUAAAUACUUCCCCAUCACAGCUGUUCAGAGGUUUGAUGCUGCUGCAAAGAGGAUUGAGAACGGAGUUUAUGUGGGACCACUUGGACGUUUAACGUUUGAAGGAAGGUUUUCAUGGAAGAAUAGAAUACUUGCUUUCAUAUUUGAGCGCGUCCGUAUAAAAAUCGGACCUUUUAACCCUUUCGAAAUACAGUUUGGAGGAAAAGACGAGAGAGAGCCAAGCACCAAAGAUCCAUUCUUCAUCUGGUUUUACAUUGAUGAGGAAAUAGCUGUUGCUCGAGGCAAAAGUGGAGGGACUGCUUUUUGGUGCCGCUGUCGCCAUAUCGCGAGCUACUGAUUUCUUCCAAGGCUAUAUGUACUUGUAAGUAGAUUCUCUGAGGCAUGUAAAGUAGUUGAUACACUACAACAAGUACAUUGAACUCGAUUCUAAUUGAACGUUGGAUUGAAUUAAAACAUUUUCCCAAGCUAUAGGAAAUGGAAACUUUGAAAUAUCAA